CGGAUAUACUUAUAAUAAACAAAAAUCCCAUACACUCCUUAAAAUUAAAAGCACUCUUUAAAGACUAUAGCAAACUAUCCAUUUUCAUAAACAUGAUCCCAAAAAUGAUCUUUCUCAUGCUUGUUUUUGUGCCUACUCUGAUUUUAUCAUCACAAGAUAUAAGUUCAUACCCACCUCCAUAUGGUGGUGAUCAUGACUUGAUUCCUCCAAGGAAGGAAGUUUAUGAAAGCGGAAAAAUAUAUGAUAUCACACAUAGGAUCAAUUCACAUACACUUUCCGGGCUGUUUGUUAACGGAAUUGGAGAUGAUUAUGUUAAACUAUAUCGAAGUAUGCGGAAUGGGUCAGAUUAUAACUUUUCGAUCAUAAAGUUACCUGCUCAUUCGGGUACUCAUGUUGAUGCACCGGGACAUUUCUAUGAGAAUUACUACGAAGAAGGAUUCGAUGUCGAUAGUCUUGACUUAGAAGUACUCAAUGGCCCGGCUUUAUUAGUUGAUGUUCCAAGGGAUAAGAACAUAUCAGCUGAAGUUAUGAAGUCGCUGAACAUUCCCAAGGGAGUAAAGCGUGUGCUUUUCAGAACGUUGAACACUGAUAAACGGUUAAUGUGGCAAAAGCGAUUUGACUCAAGCUAUGCGGGAUUUGUGACAGAUGGAGCUCAAUGGCUGACGGACAACACUGACAUCAAACUUAUUGGUAUUGAUUACUUAUCGGUUGCUACAGAUGAUGAUUUGAAACCUGUUCAUCUUGUCUUCUUAAAAAGCAGGGAAAUCAUUCUGGUUGAAGGUCUGAAACUUGUAGAUUUGGAAGCAGGAAUGUAUGAUGUCCACUGUUUACCAUUAAGGUUAUCAAGAGCAGAAGGAUCUCCCAUAAGAUGCAUCCUCGUCAAGUGAUACUUCUAGUAGUAGUAAUACUCAGUAGUAUGCAAAGAGUAUUUAUGAAUAAACUUCAUUUUCUGUUAUCUCAUUUUCGGCUUGAGAUGUUUUUAACUUCCUUUAAUAAGCCGACAGUUCUUGUGAAAAUGGCAAAAGAGAUGUAUCGAUUUAAAUGAGCCACAACAAUUGAAACACAACUAUUCCUUUUUUUGUAUGUAAUACCCAUGAAAAUAAUAACAUUAAGUGUUUGGUUCUCUCUUC